AGAUUUGUUUCAAAAAAUAAAAAUGAUUAUUUACGGCGUCUAUAUAGUCAGCAAAUCUGGUGGUCUCAUUUUCAAUUUGGACAACAAUGUGCCCAGGAUAGAACAUGAAAAAACAUUUAGCUAUCCUCUGGAUCUAAUGUUGGAUUACAAUCCCAAAAAAGUCAGUGUGGCUUUCAAUCGUAAAGAUGGGAUAAAUGUUGGCCAUGUUCUCGUUGCGGUAAAUGGUAGCCAAGUAAACGGUGCCACUUUAGAAGAUGGUCGCGACGUUAAAGAGGUCUUAGAAAAUGCCGAAAAUUAUCCAUUGAAUCUGAAAUUCAGCCGUCCCAAAAUGACAACAAAUGAGAAAAUCUUUUUGGCCAGUAUGUUUUAUCCGCUAUUUGCCAUUGCGAGUCAACUGAGUCCAGAACCGAAAAGUUCUGGUAUUGAAACGUUGGAAACCGACACUUUUACCUUGCAUUGUUUUCAAACGCUGACGGGUGUUAAGUUUAUAGUGAUCAGUGAAACGGGCCUUAGUGGUAUGGACAUAUUAUUGCGAAAGAUUUACGAACUAUAUUCGGAUUAUGCUCUAAAGAAUCCUUUCUAUUCACUGGAAAUGCCAAUACGUUGUGAGCUAUUCGAUAAUAAACUGCAGGCAUUAUUAGAUUUAGUCGAAAAGACGGGGACAUUAAAUUUGGACAAAUAAAUA